CAAGCUGUUCUUCCCAAUUCGUCCGAGCUCUACAUUCUACUUCUUCUGAUACCCAGCAACAUCGGACAAACCAAAUCCCUAGCUUCACCGCAGGCCCGCCGGCCAUCUCCUUAGUCGCCGUCGUCGAAGACGCUCUUGAGAUUGUUUGGAUCAUCACCAUGGAAGCUAAAUUCUUUCGCUUUCUUAAGAUUGUGGGUGUUGGGUACAAAGCCAGAGCCGAAGCCGAGGGGCGCCUCUUAUUUCUCAAAUUGGGAUACAGUCAUGAGGUUGAACUAACUGUUCCUCCAGCUGUCCGUGUUUUCUGCUUCAAAAACAAUGUAGUUUGCUGCACUGGAAUUGACAAGCAUAGGGUGCAUCAAUUUGCUGCUUCUGUUCGUAGUUGCAAGCCUCCCGAAGUCUACAAGGGAAAGGGUAUAAUGUAUAUUGAUGAAGUUAUCAAGAAGAAACAGGGAAAGAAGUCCAAAUGACCUCAAGAAUGUGAUACUGAUGGGCAAUUUUUUCUUUUGCAUGUUUACAUGGUUGUAUUUUCAAUUUUCUCAUUUUGUAGAACUGAAUUGAACCUCCCAAUCCAAUUUUAGGUGGUAUUUUUCCAUUGUCAAGGAUAUUUUAGAUUCAUUUUAACAACUUUACAGUCUUUCUGAGGUUGUUUAAUAAAUUUGUUAUUAUUAUGUAGCAGGAUUCGUUUAGUCUUUAGAUGCAGAAUCUCUAGAUUUCUAGAGCUGGCGUUAAAAUUGGUUUCAUUUCUCCAGCCUCGUGGAAUUAAAGUUAAUGUAAGAACUGUGUGUUAUUUUCACAGGUUAAUAGCAGUUUCUGCUUCUUAUGGAUUCUGUAUAACAGGACUUACUGCACCAAGGUUGCUGAGGAUAUUGGCACUCAAUUACAGCAAUAACAGGUCUGACCCUAGAAGUCCAUGUUUGUAUUCAAGCUUCAUAAAAAUGUUUGUAUGGUUUUCACAAAGUCCUCAGUAUGUUAUGUGUUAUGUAUAUAAUCCCUAUCAUCAUCAAGUAUGCAUUAGCUUUCCUAAAUUGACAGUUAUAUGAUACUGCUUUAGUGACUUUAAAAAUGUAUACAGGGAAUGACAUCUGAAUUUAAAGGCUAUGUCUUGUGUUUAACAUCUCAUUUCUAAUUACCCUCGCUAUAAGAUAUAGGAAUCAAAUCAAAGAUACUUC